CCGAUCGGUCGCCAGGAUUUUCCCUUCUCGGCCAAAAUGGAGGAGGAGGUCUCUCGCUUAACGAAGGGAGCACAGAUUGUAUGACCGGAUCUACUUCAAUGAAAGGCACUGGGAUCCGCUUCUGCUGAUAAAUUAUUAUUACAACAAUUCAUCCUUCUGAGGAUAUCCAUCGCUUAUUUCCGCAACAAGCGACCACAGCCAUGAGCGCAGGAGAGGGACUAGAUGAGGCUGCAAAGGACGCAGCAGACAUAGCGGCGUUUUUCAAAUCCGAUUGCUCUCUUCCAAAAUGUGAAUCAAAACUGGACGGCCCAGGUCAAACCUCAGGGUUUCAUCGCAAUGAGGACAUGAAGGCCAUCGAUGUGCUUCCCAUCCUCAAGGAGAAAGUCGCCUUCCUCUCAGGUGGCAGAGACAGACGCGGAGGUCCCGUUCUCACCUUUCCAGCACGGAGCAACCACGACAGAAUACGACCCGAAGACCUGCGCCGGCUCAUAGCUUACCUGGCCACUAUUCCCAGCGAGGAAGUCGCCCGACAUGGCUUCACAGUCAUCGUGGACAUGCGUGGUUCUAAGUGGGACAGCAUCAAGCCCUUGCUGAAGAUCCUUCAGGAGUCUUUUCCUUCUUGUAUCCACGUCGCCCUCAUCAUCAAGCCGGAUAACUUCUGGCAGAAGCAAAGGACCAACUUUGGCAGCUCAAAGUUUGAAUUUGAGACGGUGAUGGUCUCCUUAGAGGGUUUAUCCAAGAUCGUGGACCCAUCCCAACUCACGGCUGACUUUGAGGGCAGCUUAGAGUAUAACCAUGACGACUGGAUUGAGGUGCGCCUCUCUUUUGAGACCUUUGCCAGCGAUGCAGCGCGGGCACUGUCACGCCUCGAGGAGCUCCAGGACACCCUGUCCCAGCGUGAUCUCCCGCGGGACCUUGAGGGAGCUCGGAGGCUCAUGGAGGAGCAUGCGGGGCUGAAGAAAAGGGCCACCAAGGCAUCGGUGGAGGAGCUGGAUGUGCAGGGGCGCAGGCUGCUACAAAGGCUACAGGCACAUACAGCAGGUGGUGGGAGUAGCAGCGAAAGCGGGUAUGGCAAUCGCACUGGUGGAGCCAGCGGAGAUUCCAACGACCAUCACCACGGCUUCCACACGCACGCAGACGCCCACAACCUGGUCGCUAAAGUGACCGGUUUGUUGGACAAGCUGCAUGGGACUCGUCAAAAUCUGCAGCAGCUGUGGCACAUGAGGAAGCUGAAGCUGGACCAGUGCUUCCAGCUGCGUCUGUUCGAACAGGACGCAGAGAAGAUGUUCGACUGGAUCAUGCACAACAAGGGUCUUUUUCUAACCAGUUACACAGAGAUCGGAGGGAACCACCAGCACGCUGUCGAGCUGCAGACCCAGCACAACCACUUUGCUAUGAACUGCAUGAAUGUGUACGUGAACAUCAAUCGGAUCAUGUCGGUAGGAAACCGGCUCCUGGAGUCGGGCCACUACGCCUCGCAGCAGAUCCAGCAGAUCUCAGGUCAGCUGGAGCAGGAGUGGAAAGCCUUUGCUGCUGCGCUGGACGAACGCAGCACCCUGCUGGAGAUGUCUGCCAGCUUCCACCAGAAAGCAGAUCAGUACAUGAGUAAAGUGGAGCCGUGGUGUAAGGCAUGUGGUGAAGGAGAGCUGCCCUCUGAACUCCAGGAUCUAGAAGACACAAUCCACCAUCACCAGGGAUUAUAUGAGCACAUCACCACCGCGUACUCUGAGGUGAGCCAGGAUGGGAAAUCUCUUUUGGACAAACUGCAGCGACCUUUGACCCCAGGGAGUGCAGAUUCACUGAUGUCCUCUGCCAACUACUCCAAAGCUGUGCACCACGUCCUGGACAUCAUCCACGAGGUGCUGCAUCACCAGAGGCAGCUGGAAAACAUCUGGCAGCAUCGCAAAGUCCGCCUGCACCAACGACUGCAGCUUUGUGUGUUUCAGCAGGACGUACAGCAAGUCCUGGACUGGAUAGAAAACCAUGGAGAGGCUUUUCUCAGUAAACACACCGGUGUAGGGAAGUCUUUGCACAGAGCCCGGGCUCUGCAGAAGAGACAUGAAGACUUUGAAGAGGUUGCACAGAACACCUACACCAAUGCUGACAAGCUGCUGGAGGCAGCAGAGCAGCUGGCACAGACCGGAGAGUGUGACCCAGAGGAAAUAUACCAGGCUGCCCACCAACUAGAGGAUCGUAUCCAGGACUUUGUGCGACGUGUUGAGCAGCGUAAAGUCCUGCUGGACAUGUCUGUCGCCUUCCACACACAUGUCAAAGAGCUGUGGACGUGGUUGGAGGAGCUUCAGAAGGAACUGCUGGAUGAUGUUUAUGCCGAGUCGGUGGAAGCAGUGCAGGACCUGAUCAAACGUUUCGGCCAGCAGCAGCAGACCACCCUGCAGGCCACCGUCAAUGUCAUCAAGGAGGGGGAGGACCUCAUACAACAGCUCAGAGACUCAGCCAUCUCGAGCAACAAGACUCCACACAACAGCAGCAUGGCCCACAUCGAGAGCGUGCUGCAGCAGCUGGACGAGGCGCAGGGCCAGAUGGAGGAGCUGUUCCAGGAGAGGAAGAUCAAACUGGAGCUCUUCCUCCAGCUCCGUAUCUUUGAGAGGGAUGCCAUCGAUAUUAUCUCAGACCUGGAGUCAUGGAACGAGGAAUUGUCCCAGCAGAUGAGUGACUUUGACACAGAGGACCUGACGCUGGCUGAGCAGAGGCUACAGCACCAUGCAGACAAGGCGCUCACCAUGAACAACCUCACCUUUGACGUCAUUCACCAAGGACAAGAGCUGCUACAGUAUGUCACAGAGGUGCAGGCGUCUGGUGUGGAGCUCCUAUGCGACAGAGAUGUGGACAUGGCUACGCGGGUCCAGGACCUGCUUGAGUUUCUGCAUGAGAAGCAGCAGGAGUUGGACCUGGCAGCUGAGCAGCACAGGAGACAUCUGGAGCAGUGUGUCCAGUUAAGACAUCUGCAGGCUGAAGUCAAACAGGUUCUGGGUUGGAUCCGUAACGGCGAGUCGAUGCUGAACGCCGGUCUGAUCACAGCUAGUUCGUUACAAGAGGCUGAGCAGCUGCAGAAGGAACAUGAACAAUUCCAACAUGCAAUAGAGAAAACCCAUCAGAGUGCUCUGCAGGUACAGCAGAAGGCUGAAGCCUUACUCCAGGCGAACCACUAUGACAUGGAUAUGAUCAGGGACUGUGCGGAAAAGGUGGCUGACCACUGGCAGCAGCUGAUGCUGAAGAUGGAGGACCGACUCAAGCUGGUCAAUGCUUCUGUGGCCUUCUACAAGACCUCUGAACAGGUGUGCAGUGUGUUAGAGAGCCUGGAGCAGGAGUACAAGAGAGAAGAAGACUGGUGUGGCGGUGCUGAUAAACUGGGCCCGAACUGUGAGUCAGAUCACGUCACUCCCAUGAUCAGCAAACAUCUGGAGCAGAAGGAGGCUUUCCUCAAAGCAUGUACAUUAGCCAGGCGUAACGCUGACGUCUUCUUAAAGUAUCUGCACAGGAACAGUGUGAACAUGCCCGGCAUGUUGUCCCAUGUCAAAGCUCCAGAGACUCAGGUUAAGAAUAUUUUGAAUGAGUUACUGCAGAGAGAGAAUCGAGUGCUCCACUUCUGGACGAUGAGGAAGCGGAGGCUGGACCAGUGCCAGCAGUAUGUUGUGUUUGAACGCAGCGCAAAGCAGGCCCUGGAGUGGAUCCAUGACACUGGGGAGUUUUACCUGUCCACACACACAUCCACCGGCUCCAGCAUUCAUCACACACAGGAGCUGCUAAAAGAGCACGAAGACUUCCAGAUCACAGCAAAGCAAACUAAAGAGCGGGUGAAGCUGUUGAUCCAGCUGGCCGAUGGGUUUUGUGACAAGGGACACGCCCAUGCCCUGGAGAUAAAGAAAUGGGUAUCCUCGGUGGACAAGCGCUACAGGGACUUCUCUCUCCGCAUGGACAAAUAUCGUACCUGCCUGGAAACGGCGCUUGGCAUUUCUUCCGACUCCAACAAAGCUAGUAAAGAGCUGCAACUGGACAUCAUCCCGGCCAGCGCUCCAGGGUCAGAGGUCAAGCUGAGGGAUGCUGCUCAUGAACUCAACGAGGAGAAGAGGAAGUCAGCGCGAAGGAAAGAAUUUAUAAUGGCUGAGCUGAUUCAAACAGAGAAAACCUACGUCAGAGACCUACGGGAGUGUAUGGAUACGUACCUGUGGGAGAUGACCAGCGGCGUGGAGGAGAUUCCUCCUGGUAUUGUCAACAAGGAACACAUCAUCUUUGGGAACAUGCAGGACCUCUACGAGUUUCAUCACAACAUCUUCCUGAAGGAGUUGGAGAAGUAUGAGCAGCUGCCAGAGGAUGUUGGCCAUUGCUUUGUCACCUGGGCUGAUAAGUUCCAGAUGUAUGUGAACUACUGUAAGAACAAACCCGACUCCACUCAGCUCAUCCUGGAACAUGCUGGACCCUACUUUGAUGAAAUCCAGCAAAGGCACCGCCUUGCCAACUCUAUCUCUUCUUACCUGAUCAAACCGGUCCAGAGAAUCACUAAAUACCAGCUCCUGCUUAAGGAGUUGUUGACAUGCUGUGAGGAGGGUAAAGGUGAGAUCAAGGACGGUCUUGAAGUGAUGCUCAGUGUACCCAAGAGAGCCAAUGAUGCCAUGCACCUCUCUAUGCUGGAUGGGUUUGACGGAAACAUUGACUCCCAGGGAGAGUUGAUCCUCCAGGAGUCCUUCCAGGUCUGGGAUCCAAAGACACUGAUCCGAAAGGGUCGUGACCGACAUCUCUUUCUUUUUGAGAUGUCGCUGGUCCUCAGCAAAGAAGUCAAAGACUCCAACGGACGUAGCAAGUACCUGUACAAGAGCAAGCUCUUUACAUCUGAGCUCGGAGUGACCGAACAUGUGGAGGGAGAUCCUUGUAAAUUUGCCUUGUGGGUGGGCAGGACCCCGACCUCAGACAACAAGAUCGUCCUCAAGGCUUCAAGUAUUGAGAACAAGCAGGACUGGAUUAAACACAUUCGGGAGGUUAUCCAGGAGCGAACUGUCCACCUGCGUGGAGCUCUGAAGGAGCCCAUCCACAUCCCCAAAGCUACAACAACCAAGCAUAAAGGCAGACGUGACGGAGAGGAGCUGGACAGCCAGGGAGACGCCAGCAGCCAACCUGAUACCAUCUCCAUCGCCUCGCGGACAUCCCAGAACACACUGGACAGCGAUAAGCUGUCCGGAGGCUGUGAGCUGACCGUGGUGAUCCAUGACUUUGUGUCCAGUAACGGUGGCAGCAGUGGGGAGCUGACGGUACGCCGUGGACAGACUGUGGAGGUUCUGGAGCGACUCCAUGACAAGCCAGACUGGUGCUUGGUGCGCACCACGGACCGCUCCCCGGCCCAGGAGGGCAUCGUGCCCUGCUCCAUGCUCUGUAUCGCUCACUCCAGGUCCUCCAUGGAGAUGGAGGGGCUCUUCAACCACAAAGACACCUUGUCCGUGUCCAGUAACGACGCCCUUCAACCCGGCUCCAGCCUAACCCUGGGUCCUCACAGCUCCCCUGGCCCUAAACGUCCUGGGAACACCUUAAGGAAGUGGCUGACCAGUCCCGUGCGUCGGCUUAGCUCCGGCAAAGCUGACGGCCACGUCAAGAAGCUCGCCCACAAGCACAAGAAGAACCGGGACGGCACGAGGAAGAACAUGGACACCAUCCCCGGCUCGCAGAAGGACUCUGACGACAGCGCUGCCACACCACAGGACGAGACCCUGGAGGAAACGCUCUCUUUCUCUCUACAGCGCAUGCGCAACGAGGGUCUGAGCAGUGGUACCUUGUCCAAGUCUUCCUCAUCAGGCAUGCAGAGCUGUGGCGAAGAGGAAGGAGAGGAGGGCGCCGAUGCUGUCCCUCUACCUCCACCUAUGGCUAUCCAGCAGCACAGCCUGCUGCAGCCUGACUCCCAAGACGACAAGUCUGCAUCUCGUCUGACCACUCGUCCCAACAGUUCAGAAACUCCCAGUGCUGCUGAACUGGUCAGUGCCAUUGAAGAGCUGGUGAAGAGCAAGAUGUCACUGGAGGAUCGUCCCAGUUCGCUGUCAGUAGAGCAGGGCGAUAGCAGCUCUCCCUCCCUCAACCCCUCCGACAACUCCCUCCUCUCCUCCUCCUCACCCAUCGAUGAGUUGGAUGAGCGCAAGUCUGGCUUCCUCAAGAGAAGACAUUAUGUGCUUCUGGAGCUGGUGGAGACUGAGAGAGACUAUGUCAGAGAUCUGGGAUCAGUGGUGGAGGGCUACAUGAGCAGGAUGAAAGAGGAGGGAGUUCCAGAUGACAUGAGAGGAAAAGACAAGAUUGUCUUUGGAAACAUCCAUCAGAUCUACGACUGGCACAAAGAUUUCUUCCUGGCAGAGCUGGAGAAGUGUUUGGAGGAUCCCGACAGGCUGGCUCCUUUAUUUGUCAAACAGGAGCGGAGACUUCACAUGUACAUCGUGUACUGCCAGAACAAACCUAAAUCUGAGCACAUUGUGUCAGAGUACAUUGACACUUAUUUUGAAGACCUAAAGCAACGAUUGGGCCACAGAUUGCAGAUCACUGACCUUCUGAUCAAACCUGUCCAACGCAUAAUGAAGUACCAGUUGUUACUGAAGGAUCUUUACAAAAUUUCCAAGAAAGCUGGAGCGGAUAUAUCAGAGCUGGAGAAAGCUGUAGAGGUGAUGUGUGUGGUCCCAAAGCGCUGCAAUGACAUGAUGAAUGUCGGACGACUUCAAGGCUUCGAAGGUAAAAUUGUGGCGCAGGGCAGAUUGCUUCUCCAAGACACCUUCAUGGUCUCUGACCAGGAUGGAGGCCUUCUGUCGAGGAUGAAGGAGAGGAGGGUGUUCUUGUUUGAACAGAUCGUCAUCUUCAGCGAGCCUAUAGACAAAAAGAAGGGCUUCUCUACUCCGGGCUACCUCUUCAAGAACAGCAUCAAGGUGAGCUGGCUGGGUUUAGAAGAAAAUGCAGAAGACCCUUGCAAGUUCACACUCACCUCUCGAUCAUCGAGUGGUAACAUGGAGAGGUACACAAUCCAUGCAACGAGCCCUGCAGUCAGUCAAGUUUGGGUCCACCAAGUCAGCCAGAUACUUGAGAACCAGCGCAAUUUCCUCAACGCUCUGACGUCCCCUAUAGAGUACCAGAGGAACCAUGUGGGUGGUGGGGGUCCGGGCGCUCCACCCAGCAGUAGCAGUAGUAGUACAGGAGGCCUGCCAGGAGGAAGCAGCUCCAACAGCACUUCCAACAUGGGAGGUGGAGGGGGCGGCGGAGGCUCCGGAGGAUCAGGAAACAACUCCUCCUCCCUGUGUGGCCCUCGCUCCCGACCCUCACGCAUCCCCCAGCCAUCCUCACGCCUCCCUCAACCCGUCCACCACCACCACCCGCCGGGUCCCGAGGGGCCCGACAGGUCAGCAGGUAUGUGGUCACCCUGCCACCCUCAGUCCUUCCACCCCUCCAAUCCCUUCUCAGACAGCAGCACAAACGGGGAACUGUUAGCCUCAGAGGUGCCUAAGAUGAGAAGGCUGGAGAGUCCUCAUGGGAGUAACAGUAAUAACAGUAACAAGCCGUCAGACAGCAUGGACGGCUGUGUCAGAGCCGGUUUUGGGGGAUUUGAGGACACCCAGAAACAUCAAACAGCUGCUAUACCACAGAUGGCCGUUGCUCCUCUGAAUUUGCCCCUAAAAAGCCCUCGAGUUGGGACAGUCUCUCCUCUGAUUUCACCUCAGUCCCCAGGAGGAGGGGGAAAGGAGGCACUUGUCCACCCCAGCCCUGCUCAUAAAAGCAAUCCUUUCUGGGCAAUGGUCCCUCCUAUACCUCCCUCUCCCGCCAGCAGGCCUGGUUCCUUCUCCUACCCCAAUGACAACAGCACCAGUGGUAGUGGUGGUGGGGAGUCUUUGGGCAGAGGAAGCCACGGGACGCCCUCUCACCACCGCCACUCCUCCCAUAGUAAGGACAUAGACCGAAUGAGCACCUGCUCCUCCACCAGUGAGCAGUCCAUACACUCGACCCAGAGCAACGGGAGUGAAAGCAGUAGCAGCAGCAGUGUGUCCACCAUGUUGGUGACCCAGGACUAUGUGGCAGUGAAGGAGGAUGAGAUCAGUGUGGUGCAGGGUGAGGUGGUCCAAAUGCUGGCCAGCAACCAGCAGAACAUGUUUCUGGUGUAUCGGGCAUCCAAUGAGCACUGUCCCGCUGCUGAGGGCUGGAUCCCUGGCUACGUAUUAGGACACACAUCAUCCUCCAUCACACCUGAACUCCCUGAAGGAACCAUCAAAAAAUCAUUAUCAUGGCACACAGCACUCCGUAUCCGCAGAAAGUCUGAGAAAAGAGACAAGGAGGGCAGGAAGAUGGAGAAUGGCUACCGCAAGUCUCAGGACAACCUGGCUAACAAAGUCUCUGUCAAGCUCCUAAAUCCAAAUUUCAUCCAGGAUGCUCCUCCAGAGUUUCUCAUCCCUGUCAGCGAUGUAGCAUGUGAGAGUGGCAGCAGUGUCACCCUGAGGUGUAAAGUGUGCGGUCGGCCACGUGCCACUGUCACCUGGCGGGGACCUGACAACAACACUCUGAGCAACAGCGGAAACUACAGCAUCACUUACAGUGAGACAGAAGAAGCAGUGCUUCGUAUCCUGGGAGUGUCUGUAGAGGACAGUGGCGUUUACACCUGUGUUGCCACAAAUGUAGCCGGCUCUGUCACCUCGUCCGCCAGCCUCAGAGUCUCAGGAACUGCUGAAGAUGGCAGUGAAGUCCUCUGGAAAAACGGCUUUGAGUCUCACUACACAGAGAUCACUGAACUAGGAAGGGGACGUUUCUCAGUGACUAAGCGGUGUGACCAGAGGGGGAGUAAACGCACAGUUGCAGCCAAACAAGUAAACAAGAAGCUGCUGCGACGAGAGCAGGUGCUGCAGGAGAUCAGACUCCUGCAGAGCUUGGACCACCCCAACCUGGUCGGACUGCUGGACACGUACGAGACUGCCAACAGCUACGUGGUUGUACUAGAGAUGGCGGACCAGGGACGUUUCCUGGACUACAUUGUGAGCUGGGGCAACCUGACCGAGGAGAAGGUGGCUCUGUACCUGCGAGAUAUUCUGGAGGCUCUCCACUACCUGCACAGCUGGAGGAUAGCACACCUCGAUCUCAAACCUGAGAACAUUGUGGUAGAACAUGCAUUUUCCCAGCCCGUGAUCAAGCUGACAGACUUUGGUGAUGCCGCUCAGCUGAACCCUUCCUCCUCCUCCUACAUCCAUCCUCUCCUGGGGAGCCCAGAGUUCUCCGCUCCUGAGCUGGUCCUGGGUCAGCCUGCCUCGCUCUUGUCUGACCUCUGGAGCUUAGGGGUGGUGACCUACGUUUUACUAAGCGGUGCCUCUCCCUUCCUGGAUGAGAGUUUGGAGGAGACGUGUCUGAACAUCUGUCGCCUGGACUUCAGCUUCCCGGAGGAUUACUUCCAGGGUGUGAGCCCGGCCGCCCGAGACUUUGUGUGCCUGCUGCUCCAGGGCGAGCCCGAGCGACGGCCCUCUGCGGGGUCCUGCCUGCAGGAGCCCUGGCUCCAGCCGCAAGGUGUGAUAAACAGGGAAACCUCAAAUCACAGGCGGCCUGCGUCUCCCGGCCCUCAGACUGCACAUCUGGACACCUCCAGACUCAUUUCCUUCAUCGAGAGACGGAAACACCAGAACGAUGUUCGGCCCAUUGGCACCAUAAAGGCCUUUCUUCACAGCCGCCUGCUCAACCACAUGUAACAAAGGUGUAGAAGAUAUACAAAGAAAAUAUGGAGGAUGAGUAACUAAUACGUUUAGUUCAGAUGAGCUGUGUAAAAACCACCAGGAGGGACCACCAGCAACAUUUCCACAAAGAUCCCCUUUUCCCUCACUAAGCCACAAAAGUCCUGCUGCUGCUGACUGACUGACUGACUGACCUCUGCUGACAAACCCUCUGACUCUCCCCCUCCUCCCCUUAACCCACGGCAUAUUGUCUUUAUGCCUGCACAACAAAUGAACUGCUUGAAUCUGUCUGAGAUUUAAAACGUUGACCUAGCAGGGAGAAAACCAAGCUUUGUCGACCAUCCAGCGCGAGCGAGUCUUGCGUUUCGGGACAGUGUUAAACAGAGAAAAAUAGAAUACUGUAAAAUAAGAGUACUUCAGGCUGCUUUCGGUUGAAUAUAAGGAAAUGCUUUUUGUAACGAGAGAUUACUUUUUGUAAAUGAAACUCUGUACAGUGAGGGAAUGGAAAACUGUCUUUAUUCAUACCUUUUGGGGAUUAAAAGGUAAGUAGGUAGUAGGAAACAAAGAAGUGAGGUGUGUGAACAAAGUGGCACCCAUCAGCAGGGUCCGCUUCAUUCUGGAUCAAAGUGAAGACCAAAACCUUCUCCAGAAACACGUUGUAGUUACAUUCAGUGCAAUAGUUUGCUUAACUUUAUGCCCCCCUUCCGUUUGAAAGGAGAAAUCGUUUUUUUUGUUUUUUUUGACAUUCGGAGAAACAAAAUUAACUUGAACAAGCAUCACGGCACCUGGGAAUGAGCUUCUCAGAUUUCUAUCUGCAUCCGCCUUAUUUGUAAAUAACGUAUUCCUGCCUUUCAUUCUCACUUCGAAGAAUCCAUCUCAAAUGAACAAAAGCUAUUUCUUUUGCCGAGUAUUAGUGAGUCCAUGCAGCUGCUCCCUGUGGACCCUCAGCAGCUGGAUCUCACCACGAACAAAACCGCUACUAGAAAUGCACUCGUAUUUUGCAUCGACCCCCAUGUGCAAUGUUGCAGCUUUAACAUUUAUGCAACUAUUUAUGAAGAAUUGUGUUGUAGCUGUAUUCUUAAAAGGCAUGUACGUACCUGGUACUGCGAUAGAUGUCUGUAUUGUGUUAACUCUUAUGUAUUAAGUUCAGUAUUAAUAUCUGCAAAACCCCCCCAGACAAGAGGAGGGAAUAAUGUAUAAAAAAAAUGUGUAUCUAUUAAAUAUAGGCACUUAUGCUUUCAUUUUGUCAUGUUCUUAUUUUCUGUAACAAUACCAAAGUCAACUAUGCUUUUUUUCCCCUGCUUAAGUGUAGGUUUUUUUUAUUUCUCACGUUAAGUUAUAAAAGACCAUUCUGAACCCUGACCUACGCGUGUUUACAAAGGUUCAGUCUGGCUUUAUUUAUUCUUAUUGUAACAAGAAAUUGUUUGGUGGUUUAUUGCUGGAAAAAAAAACUAACUAAUAUUUCACUUGUUUUUUCUUUUCAAGCUGUGCACAAAAGUGGUUUGCUGUGUGAGUUUGUUAGGCUUUUGUAGGUAUAUUCUGGUCUAUGUCACUAGAUUUCUUUUGUUUGAGCAUCUGGGUUUGAUGUCGUAACACAGACUUUGUCGACGUUUUUACCAAGAUAUAGAUCCUGAAAGAUCUCUCCUUGUGGCCCGCUCACCAUGGACUUUCAAUGAUUGGACAAUUAAACUUAGCCCAAAUGUUGGACCAACAAUAGUUCAAAUGUUUCCCCUUGAAAAAUAACACUCAACAUUAACUUUGGGUUGUUUUAUUUUGUAGGAGUUGAUGUUAUAUCUGGAGAAGUUACCGAAUACUUUUUUCUUUUUUAAGUGCCAGUUGAAUGCUUCAAACUAGAGAGGUGGAUGAAACAAAAAAAAAACUUGCUUUGUUUCUUAUUUUAUUUUCAGGUUUCAAAGGGUUAAUGUAAAACCUGAUUAAACACUAAAGAAGUCAAUAACAUGUUGAGUUCAAUGACGCGUGUUUGUCUGUACAGUCUUAGUCUCUUAUUUUGUCUCAUUUUAAUUUAUUGGUGUGGAUCUGGGCUUCCCAAAAUCAUGCUUUUAAUCACUUUAUGGAAUUCUGUUUAGGAGUAUUCAUGGAAGAAUAUAAUCUAAGUAACAGAAUGCUUUUGGGAAACCCGGCCUACGUGUGAUGUAAAGAUGUACAGAGAGGGUCGGGCAGUAUGCCCACACUCAGGAUGUAAACCUCAUAACUAUGUCAUAUUUUAAAUACACAUAGAACAAGACUGCAGCAAUGUCAUUUUGAAUGUCUUAUGAUGACUUAUUUUUUAAUUUUGCAUGUAUAUUUCUUUGUACAGAAGAUUGUGUUUACAUGUUACUAAGUGUUGUAAAUAUUUUAUUUUGUCCUCGGUUAUUUUGCCAUUAAACGUACAAGGAACCAC